AUGGGAGGUGGUGAUGAUGUCGACAGCAGACCGGCCCCCAUCCAGGCAACAAGGCGCAUCCACGAAGACGAAGAAAGGAAGAAGGCAGUGAUGAUGUGGGGAAAAGGAUGCCUGCAGGCACGUGUGCUGCUUCUCCCCGCGCUUCUGGCGGCGGUGUGCUCCAUGCCGUUCAUCUGCAUUGGCAAAGUGACGAUGGUGGAGGACGAUGCGGGCGCGUUUCACAUCAACACGAGCGAUCCAAUGAGCCAAGCUGUGUUCCUGAACGGCAUGAACGUGCACGGGACGCUCAGCACGCUGGCGAGUGCUGUCUCGGCGCAGCAAAGCACGGUCAACGCACAGCAGAGCAUCAACGCUGCGCAGCAGGAUACGAUCAAUGCGCUGCACACCGCGGUUGAAACGCUGCAGAGCAAAAUCAACGCAGAGCAGAGCGACAACGCUGCACAGCAGAGCAUGGUUAAUGCGCAGCAAAGUAUUCAUGCUGGCCUGAAUAGCACCAUCAAUCUGUUGUGUCGUCUAGUCGAGCCAAAGGCGACGCAGUUUGCUCAGCUCAACUCAGUGACGUAUAAGUGGGUUGGCGGCGCAUUGGCGAACAAUGGCCUGAUCUACGCCGCACCGCACAACUCACCGACCGUGCUCAUCAUCGACCCCAGCACUGAUACUGUUGACAUGACCACAAUCUCCGGGCUUGGAACAGACAGCUACAAGUGGGCUGGUGCUCUGCUGGCACCCAACGGCCUCAUUUACAUGCUCCCUUCAGAUAGGGCCACGGUGCUGAUCAUAGACCCUGACACCAACAUCGCUGACACCACAACCAUUCACUCGCUUGGUUCCGGUGCACGCAAGUGGUACACCGGUGUGGGGGCCAGCAACGGUCUCAUCUUCGGUGUCCCAUAUUCUGCAACCUCUGUACUGGUCAUUGACCCGGAGACAAACACAGCCGACAUCACCACGCUGUCGGGGCUUUCUCGUCAGGGAUACAAAUGGUAUGGCGCUUCCUCUGUCCUCAUCAUCAAUCCAGAGACAAUGACGAUGGACCUCACCACAAUCAGUGGUUUGGGAACACACGUGAAGUGGUUUGGCGGCGUGCUGGCCCGCAAUGGCCUCAUCUACACCGUCCCAGCAUACUCUGCGACAACGCUCGUCAUCAACCCAGCCACCAACGCCAUCGAUGAGCUCAUUGUUGCAGGUGCAACAUCCGGUCGAAAGUGGGUUGGCGGUGUACUCGUGCCCAACGGCAACAUCAUUGGCAUUCCAAACGGCUCGCAGUCAAUCCUCAUCUUUGAUCCAUCCACCAACGCCACUGACACAACCACCCUCACUCAGCUCGAUGGCAGCAACAAGUGGUGGGAUGGCGUGCUCGCCAACAACGGCCUCAUCUAUGGCAUUCCACAUUCUGGAGAGACCGUGCUCGCCAUCAACCCCGGAUGCUGA